AUGGCAGAACGCAAAACCCUCGUUCCACACAGCAGUCUUUGUAAUAUCUGCAGGGACGUGGACUUCCAUGGCGUGUUCACAGGCCGCGAUUCCGCCAAUUAUCCUGAUGGCUUCAACCCGUACCGCGCAGAUCUCGACUCCCAGAAACAGGUCCCGAGAACCUGGAAGCACAUCCGAAUGCAUGCAAAGUGCUGUGCCUUUUGCAUGUUGACUUUCCAUCAGAUACAGACAUUUCGGAUGAUAACGCGCACCUUGAACCGUCUACGCGUACCCGACCUUUUCCCAGAUAGCGAAGAUGGAAUGAUGGUUACGGCAGUCGAGAUAGGAACAGUCAUGUUUGAUAGCGGGUUUACACAGUGUAUUGGCUUCCAUAACGUUACAUAUCGACAGCCCAGCCAUGCAUCCCUGAUGAUUCGUGGUCUUCAGCUAUGUGCUCCGGAUCGCUCUCAUACUGCAGCUUGGGAGCGCGCACGUCAAGUCAAGAAAAAGGCUGAGUCGCGUUCGGGACUUCAAGCAAACAAGGAACUUAAUAUAGAAUUUGGGAGCUGUUUCGGCGGGCGACACGUCGGCGCGGAUAUCGACUUUGAACUCUGUAAAACCUGGCUAAGCCUUUGCAGUGAGCAGCACAAGGAAUGUAGGGAGUAUAAACCAGUAGGCAAGAUAACUCGCCCAAAAAGGCUUAUUGAUGUUCAAAGGAACUGUAUUGUCUCUGUAUCCUCUCCACACGAUGGCUACGCUGCCUUGAGCUAUGUCUGGGGUGAUGGUACACCUGGUACACAGCUGAAGACCUCGAACGAGCAGGAGCUCCGACAACCAGGGAGUCUCCGCUCCGGGUAUAACCCUGGGUGA